CCCGGCGCCCGCUCCUUCCCGCCGCGCGGCUCUGGGCUGGGGGUGCCCGGCGCCCCCGCCCUGCAUUGUCCCUGCUGCAGCGCCCCCUGCCGGCCACCGUGCUGCGUUUUUAGGGGCCCGCGGCGCCCUGGCAAAGGCCGUUGAGCCCAUCACCGAGUUCCCCGACGCUUCCGUGACUGCGCGUGCGGGUGUAUGCACCCAAAUGCAGUUGCCCUUGGAGGCCAGAAGAGGGCAUCAGGUUCCCUGCAUCUAGAGUUGAAGGUGGUUAUGAGCCACCGAGCGGCCGUGAGCUGAACACCCUGUUCUAAGUGCUCCCUCAUGAUGCUGCUACAAGCCUGAAGGCACGAGGCCCAGUGGUCACGGAAACUUUGAAACUGUGGGCCAGGACCAAUCUUUCCUGUCUCUAAGAUAUUUAUCCCGGUGUGAAAGGCUAUCUUUGGGACUACCGCUCCUUCUGAACCAUGGUGCCGUGGCUGUGGAAGGGGCUGAUAGGCAUCGGCCUUUUCGCGCUCGCCCACGCUGCCUUUUCGGCUGCGCAGCAUCACUCACACGCGCGACUAACGGAAGAGGGGUGUGAGUCGCUACCGGCGGAUAUCGUUCUGCAGACGCUGUUGGCCUUUGUGGUUACCUGUUAUGGCGUAGUUCAUACGGCAGGGGAGUUUAAGGACAGGGAUGCUACUUCAGAACUGAGGAGUAAGACGUUUGAUGCCUUAAGGAGUCGCCCGUCUUUUUACGUGUUUCGUCGCCGUCAUGGCCGUGGACUGUCCCAGCCUUCGGAUACAGCUCGUUUUUCAAAGGUCAGCGCAUCAUCUUCUGACAUACUGUUGAAGUCUUGAAGUUCAGAUCACCGCGCUGUUCAGCUUUUUACACAUCAAGUAAAUAGGACAGAAGCAGACUUAAGAACUGGGAUUUGGAAUGUAAAACCCCCUACACAUCAGUAUUUUAGUGAUAUUUCAGACUUAAUUAAAAAAAAAACUAUAACCAAAUAGCAAACACACAAAAAUCAAAAAGCCCUUUCUCUUAGGUAUCCUGUGACAGCUGUAGGAAGCUGACCAACUGUGAGGUGAUUUGGGGUGAGGUGAAGAUUUGAACCUCAGCUCUGGUAAAGCAGAGUGCCCUCGAUAAUGCAGGUGGACCUAACCCAGUCAAGGGGCUGAGUGGAACAAGGAGGCUUAGUAAGGAAGACAUACUCCUGCGUGCUUGCGCUGAGACAUUGAUCUUCCUCUGGCUCUGUCCUCUAAACCCAAACGUCAGCCCUUGCAUGUUGAACCUGCUGGCUCUCAGGCUUGCACUGGACUCUCCUGGGCUCUGCCUGCUGACUCCCGUCUUGAGGGAGCUGUAGGUUCUCACAGUGCGGUCCAGUUCUUCACUACCACCCUCACCAGCUUCUCCUAGGCUCCAGACUGAUGAGCUGGAGGCUCUGGGAGCCAUAAGCUCCAAGAUGAUGAUCUUGCAUGCUGUGUGAAGAGGCCUAACUGUGAAAGAGAGAAAGAAGCCAGCAUUCCCGGGACAGUGGGGAUGAGAGGCAGAGUGAGCCUUGCCCCCGCCAGCGCAGCCAUCCCUGUGGCCGGUUUCAUGUGUCACUUGCUAUGGUCUGGCUAACCUCCCACUUCCCUUUUGUGCUUGUGGUUCCAUAUGAGACUCUGCCAUCUGCAACCAUGUUAGGGGUUGUCAGAGGGCAAGACUCAACAAGGGGUACGUGUUUGUGUAAAACUGUCCCCUGGUGUCUACAGAGCACAGAGUCUACAACCGUCGACAGGAACCAAAAUCCUCUAGUGCUCAAGAAGUUUGUUUUUAGAAAAUGACAUAGUAUUUGCUUAUAACCUAUGCCUACCCUCCCAAUACUUUUAGUCAUUGCUAGAUUACAUGUAAUACCUAAUGCCAUGUAAAUUCUGUAAAGACUUGUCAUACUGCAUUGUUUAGGGAAUAAUGAUAAGAAAAUGUCUGCAUAUGUUCAGUACAGAUGGAAUCCCUCCAUUUUUGGUUAGCA